AUGGAAUUAUCUCCCCGAAGUUAUUACUUUGUUUCUCUUAAUGAAAAUGCGAUUAGUUGUGAAGCAAUUAGGCAACUCUGCUUCGGGAAGAUUCUAUUUGCAAUAGAGUUCCUACAAAAUCUCACGAAAAUUUCAGCAAAAGCAAUAUGUCAUAAAUUAGCUCAUUCGAAGGAACCAUUACAAUUUGUUCACACACAUGAGCUCCCAUCACCUGAUCAUUUCAAUUGGGCUGCAUCAAAAAUAUCUGAAUAUUUUGGAAAUCAAUCAAAAUUUGCAAGUGAACUAAUUGUAUUAUAUGAACUCAAGACACAAAAAUUCAUAGAAUUUACCAAAUUAUAUGAUUUUAUUACAGCGUCAAUGUACAAAAAUGAAAUAACACUAACUUUUCUUCGCAAUCUCUAUAAUAAAUCGCGAAAUCUCUUCAUCUAUCUAGUUAAGCAUUUUCCAAAUAUAUAUUCUGGCUUCGAUUCGUCCGAUAUAAUGAAUUCCCUUCCACAAUUUGAUUAUACUGUCAUUAAUUUGAUAAGUGAAGAGCUAACCCUCGUUAAAGCCAGCGUUGAUAUACCGGAAAACCUAUUUCCUGCACAUCUAAUUAUAAUGCAGUCGGCUUUAGAGUGUCAAAAUCCGAAUUUAAUCAGAAAUGUACAAGAUUUACUCGGCGCAUCAGAUAUUAUAUCAUCCCAUCCGAUACUCAACAACAUACAGAUUACUAUUGCUGGUAAACAGCACGUUGAUGACCUUUUCCUCCAACCAUUGAAUAAUUAUCUCGAACAUUUUCAAUUUCAAGCCGCAAAAGACUAUACAUCGAGACAUCCCGUGUACUUAGUUGCAUCAUAUAUUCUCAAAAUACCGAAAUUCAUAUCAAACCGUCCAUUUUUAGAAUCUACAAUCUCAGAAGUGAUGCAAAUCCCUAAUACACCUCCUAAAUUCUCUGCCUUUUUACAAUAUAUACAAAAUGACUUACUUAUUACUAACAAUUUUUCACAAUUAUUAGGUCAAAGAAUUUCAUUAGAAGAUUUAUCACUCAGAUCAUUACCAUAUAUAUCAAAACCCAUCAUUGACACGUUUACAAUUGCAAAUGUCAAGUUUUUGAAGACAGCACAAAGUUUUUGCAUUCCUAAUUGCGACAUUGAAUUUUAUUUCUUCGCUUCCUUCCUUAUUUUGCAUAAUAUACUUACUAACUUCGAUAAAGCAUUCAUCAGAGAGACAUUAAUGUAUAUUGACGAUCCUCAAAUCCACAAAUCAAUUUUAGUUGACAUUUUUUCUUUGAUUUUUCUGAAGGACGAUAAAAACGGUUUUGUCUUUCCAUUAGAUAAAGUUAUUGGCAUAUUAGAGAUUCUUAAUGAGUAUUCAUUGAAUCCAUGCAAGAAGUAUAUAAAGCAAGGAUUACAUAAAGCGAAAUAUUUUGAAGACUUCAAAGAAACAUAUCAAUUGUUUUUGCCAGCGGAAAGUUUGAUUCAUCCUUUACUUGUAAGGAAAGAAUAUGACAAGGCGAGAUCUAUAUCACAACAUAACCAAGAUAUUAUUGAUUUCAUUGAGCUGAAUGAAUCAAUCAACAGUUAUAUCAAUAACUUAGUUUCUUUUCCGAAAUUUUCGUCAGAAAAAACUCUGGAAAAAUUCAAUUUGGAAAUUGGAUUGAGUUUAGGACUGAAAGAAAACUUAAAGAAAAUACAAGAUAAGACAUAUGCAACACUUAUCGAAGAAAGAAUGAAUAAUAAUUCAGUUGAAUGCAUACAACCUUGUUCAAAACAAAUAAAAGGUGCCAAAAAUUUUGACAAAAUUUUCCAAAGUCCAAAUUUUGUUCUCACGAAUUCUUUUGAAAGGAUUGGCAACAGGAAAUCACUGAACGAGUUCAUAGAUUUUGUGAAUGUUUACAUCAAUGUCGGAGCAACAACUCCUGGUGGUUUUAAAUCAAUAAAUGUCAAAAAUACGUUACAUUUUUUGAUUCAAAAUGGCAAAUUUGAUUUAGCUAUUGAAUUUGCAGGAGUUAAUCGAAUUGAUUUCUUCCAUUUAUUGUUUGUUAGUUACAGAGCGAAUGAACAGAUCAUUAAAUUGAUUUCUCCGAUGUUUCCUUUGGCAUCUUUCACAAUGGCUUUGUGUUCAAUGAGCCGCGAAGAACUCAUCAAAUAUAAGGAUAUAAUUAUUCCUAAAAAUCCUUCAAAACAAGUUUUGUCACUUUUUGAAAAAAAAAUUUCAGAAAAUUUGCCAAAACAAAAACCAAACUUAGUUGACUUGAUAUUAGAAAACAGACCAGAACUCGAUGAUUAUUUAUAUAACGCUGAUAUCAAGGAAUUAAAAGAAGCGGUUUUGUACGUUAAAAACCACAUUCCUCUUUCAAAAUUUUCGGUUUUGUUAGAUUUUGUUUGUUGUUUCACUACUGACAGUGAAAUCCAGAAUUUAAGAACAAUUGUUAUGUUCUUAGGUCAAUUGGAUGAUCCUCCACAAUCUUUCAUUGACGCUGUUGACAGUGUUAAUGUUGAAAGAAGAAUAAGAGAUCUCAUAACAAAACAAAAAUAUUCUUCUUCAAGAAAAUUAAGUGAAUAUUGUAAUUCUAUCGAUUUCUACGUGAAAUACGUAACUAACGAAAUCGAAGAAUUGAUAAACAACAACAAAUCAAUAAUUGAAAUCAUGAAAGCGUCAAACGGUUUGCAUCACAAAAUUUUAUCGUCUAUUUCAAAAAUGAAAUAUAAAAUUCGGUUUGAAAUCAUCAAAUCUUCAGUUGAAUUGAUGAAUGACGAAGAAAUUUCCAAAGAAUACGACAUAUUAAAGGUGUUCUUGUUCUUGCCAGUUACAAAACGUCCGCCAAAACCGUCAAUUUCUGACAUCAUCUCACUUUUGACAGAAAAAUCUGACUUACAAGAAUUAGAGAGAUUGGCAAGUAAUUUUGACUUAGAUUUUAGUGUUUUUGUGCAGCAAAUUACUAUGAAAGCGUUUAGUAUCAUCCAAGCUUAUGGAGAUAAUAUAAGUUUGCCAUUAUUAGUUCCUCUUUUGAGUUCUUUAAUGGAUUUACUUGAAAACUUUUCGUCAUUUUCAAUUCAUUGCCACAAAUUUGGAGAUUCUUUUCUCCCUGUUGUUGCUUUAUUGAGUGAUUAUGUUGUAAUUGAUUGUUUAGAACAUGAAUCAUUUUGUUGUUUAGUUUUGAUUCAUUUCAGAGUUUUCAUUAAAAGAAUCCAAAAACUUGCUUCUGACAGUAUUAAACCAGAAUUUGAUACAAUUCUUGACAGUUUGAAAAUAGUUGAUUCGUUGCAAAAUAUUAGUUUCUUUGCCAAAUACAACAAAACAUAUUUUUGCAACAACCAAUUAUCAGAUAAAUACUGUCAAGAAAUGUACAAUUUAUUGUCGAAAGAAGAAUAUGUAGAAGAAUCAUUGAUGUACAUAAGAAAGUUCUUUUAUUCAUCACCAAACUAUUUCUUCCUUUUGUUGAAAUUGCAUCAAUACGAACUAGCAAGAGAAUACUUUAAUUCUAACAUCAAAAAGGAACUUAAAAAGAAUUUCUCGCUCCAAUCAAAUGAGUUCAUUUCGAACUUGUUUUGGGCAAUUAAAUCUCCUUUUGUUGUUGAUGAAGAAUACUUGAAAAAUCCAAAUAUUUUCGAUAUGCCGAAAUCAUUUACAAGUCAAAUACAAAUGUAUAUUGACUCAAAAACUCCGGCGUUUUUCCCUUCUUCUACAAGCGAAUGUGCUUUUUAUCAGCAGGAAACUUUUGGUUUAACUGAAUCUUUGGCUUUCACAACAACUUGUGGAAGUUUCGAAUCGAGUUUCAAAGUAUUGUUCAGUAAGAAAUUGGAAUGUAAUUUGUUCCUUUAUGGAAUUUUGAUUCCUUCUUUGAAUACAGGAAAAUUUGACCAAAUGAUUGAAUUUUUGAACAAAUACGAUGAGUAUUUGGAAAAUUCAAAUGAAGCAUUAAACUACGCAAUCAUCUGGAGCAGGAAUCGUGAUAUGUAUAGACUAACUUAUGAGUUAGAUAUACUUUCAGGUGAUUACGAAGAUGCAAUAUCAAUGGUCGAAAUUUUGUAUUCAAUUGAAACUAAAACUGAAGUUCGAAAAAGAAUUUUGGAUAAAGCAGUCAAUGAAAUACCAAGAGAAGUCUUAUCUUAUCAGAAGAUUGACUACCAAAUUAAAUUCCUUGCUUUGGUCAAGGACAAAGGAAUUUCCAUUAAAAAUGAGCAUCAUAUGUUUGGUUCAAAUAUUGGAAGAACAUUGGCUCUGUUGAUUGAAAACAAACAGCAACAGUUCGCACUAACAGCAGCAACUGAUUUGAGAAUAGAUCCAACAGAAACUUGUUCGAUUUUGGCAAAGAAAUAUAAUUUGUCAAAAUCAAAAGCUUUUAUUUCUUUCUUGCAGCAAUUUUGCAAAGAAAAUGUCUAUGAGAAUUGGAUAACUGCCUUCCUAAAGAGCAUGAACGAAUCUCAUAAGAAUAGUGACACUGUUCACAAACUUAUUACAAAUGAAAUCAAAAAUAACAAAUUCAAAUGUCAUCUUUUGAUUCUCUUCGGAUUUACAGAUGAAGCAAGGAAAAUAGCAGUUGAUGGCAGGUAUGAAGAAUUUAUACAACUCCUAUCAUAUUAG